CCUGUUUCCUGUUAGAAAGAGACAGGCACUACUUGGCACACGUGGUAAAUAAUAAUUUAUUAUCUAGUUUAAUUAGUAUUUUUUUUUUUUACAAUGAAUACUACAAUGGAUGUAGAAUCAGAGGAAGAUGAAAUGAAAAUUCAACAUUUUCACGAAAUGGGAAUAGAUGAUAGAAUUUUAAAAGCAAUUGCAAAAUUAGGUUGGGCAGAACCAACUCUCAUUCAAGAGAAAACAAUUCCACUUUUAUUGGAUGGAAAGGAUGUUUUGAUAAGAGCACGAACUGGCUCGGGAAAAACUGGUGCAUUUUCAAUACCUUUAAUUCAAAAAAUAUUGACCAGAAAGGAAAGUCAGAGUCAUCAGGAGGUAAAAGGUCUCAUACUCGCGCCUUCUAAAGAAUUAUGCAAACAAAUUUCACAAGUAAUUGACAUGUUAACGACAAAAUGUUCUCGUGAAGUGACAAAAGUCGAUAUCAGUCCACAAGAAGAUUUAAAUGUUCAAAAACCUUUAUUAAUAAGAUGUCCCGAUAUUGUUGUCGGUACUCCAGGACGAACUUUACAGCAUAUCAAUGCUGGCAAUUUAAAUUUAAAAAAUAGCCUCGAAACAUUAAUUAUCGAUGAAGCCGAUUUGGUCUUUUCGUUUGGCUAUGAAGAAGAAGUAAAAGGUGUUUUGAAACAUUUACCAAAAGCUUGUCAAUCUGUUUUGGCUUCCGCCACUUUAUCAAAUGAUGUUUUGACUCUGAAAAAAUUGGUAUUGCAUAAUCCAGCAGUUUUAAAAUUGGAAGAACCACCUCUUGCUCCUCCAUCGCAACUCGCUCACUAUACACUUGCAGCUGAAGAAAAUGAUAAAGCUGCAAUUUUAUACGCACUUUUGAAACUUCAUUUAAUUCGAGGUAAAAGUAUUAUAUUUGUAAAUACAGUGGAUCGCUGCUACAAAUUAAAAUUGUUUUUAGAACAAUUUGGAAUACCGACAUGUGUUUUAAAUUCCGAAUUGCCAGCAAGUUCAAGAUGUCGAGCAGUUAUGCAAUUUAAUACUGGAACUUAUGAUAUUAUCAUUGCGUCCGAUGAACAAGCUUUGGAAGAACCUCAUAUGGUGAAACAAAAGACAAAACGCAAAAAAGACAAAGAAUCGGGAGUAGCACGUGGUAUUGAUUUUCAAUUUGUUUCGAAUGUGAUAAAUUUUGAUUUUCCAUUGGACGUGAAUUCUUAUAUUCAUCGGGCAGGUCGCACAGCUCGUGGUAAAAAUCAAGGAUCUGCUUUGAGUUUGGUGUCAAUUCGUGAGCGAGAACUAAUGGAUAAUGUUGACAAGGAAUUAAAACAGGAAUAUAAUCGUGAUACUCUCUUCAAAACGUAUCAAUUUAAAUUAGACGAGGUUGAAGGCUUUCGAUAUCGAGCGAAAGAUGCAUGGAAGGCCGUUACCAGAAUAGCAGUUCGCGAGGCUAGACUUAAGGAAAUCAAACAAGAAGUUUUAAGCUGUGAAAAAUUGAAAAGUCACUUUGAAGAAAAUCCACGUGAUUUACAAUGUUUACGACAGGAUAAAGCAUUGCAUACAGUUAAAUUGCAACCACAUUUAAAAGAUGUUCCCGAAUAUUUAGUGCCGAAUUCAUUGAAAAAACUCGUGGGUUUAGGACGAAGAAAAAGGAAAUUCGAUAGAAAUCUCGCAGCGACUGGAGCGACUGCAGCAAAAUCAAAAUAUGCAGCAAGAUCAGCAAAUCCACUGCUUAGUUUCAAAUUAACUAAUAAUAAAAAGAAGAAAUCUUAAAACAUUAAUUUUUUUGUUUUUAAUGUUAUUUGUAACUUUUAAUUAGAUAAUAAUUGUAAAAAAAUAUAUACUAGUCUUAUAUUAUACAAAUUGUGUACAAAAAAGAAAAAUGUUUUUCAUUUUAAUAAAAAAUAGAAUAACUAAAAUUAAA